AUGAACUGGAUCUACGAUGUUGGUACACUAGUUCCUGGUGACCAACCGGUUGUUAGGAGCAAGACUCUGGAUGAAUGGGUUGGUAAAUUGGAACGUGUGAAGGUUACAGUAAGAAGUGAGCCUAGUAAAACUUUUGCUGGGAGGAUGGCGACAGAUUUGGUGGAACGGACUGCGAAGAGGCUUGUUGGUGAGAAAGGCAAGGGUGAGACAAGUAUGAGAUGGAAGGAGAAGGAUAUAGAAGACGAUGAAGGGUUCAAGAAAGACGAAUGCAAGAUGCAGACAAGAACACACAGUCACUAUUCAUUUUCGCGUCCUUCUCACGCAGAAGAUAUGCUAGAGUCAGCCGGCCUUGUCACGCUGGUUUCUAAAUCAUCGCCUAACCUACUCCUUGAUCUUCCAUUGGAGAUUCGAGAUGAGAUUCACAAGUACGCCUUCGGAGAUGCUGCCCGCUCAUUUGUCGUCAGCACAGAAAUCUCAGCUUAUGCGUUCGCAAGCGCUUCCACCUACUGA